CUUGCAGGGGGGCGGCGGCGGCGGCGGCUACAUUGUGUCUAUUGUAUUGAAUUUCCCUCCUUCCCCCGCUGGCGUUGGGAUUAUUUUGUACGUUUCACCGGAGCUUGCAAGCGCGAGGGAGCGAAAGCAUGGCUGAUGAGCAGGAAAUCAUGUGCAAACUUGAAAGCAUCAAAGAGAUCAGAAAUAAAACUCUGCAGAUGGAGAAGAUCAAGGCCCGCUUGAAGGCUGAAUUUGAGGCGCUGGAAUCUGAGGAAAGGCACCUGAAGGAAUACAAGCAGGAGAUGGACCUCCUGCUUCAGGAGAAGAUGGCUCACGUGGAGGAACUGAGGCUGAUCCAUGCUGACAUCAAUGUUAUGGAGAACACAAUCAAGCAAUCGGAGAACGACCUCAACAAGCUCUUGGAGUCCACCCGUCGUCUGCACGAGGAGUACAAGCCGCUCAAGGAGCACGUGGAUGCCUUGAGGAUGACCCUGGGCUUGCAGAGAUUGCCAGAUUUGUGCGAGGAGGAAGAGAAGCUCUCCCUUGAUUACUUUGAAAAGCAGAAAGCUGAAUGGCAAACAGAACCCCAGGAGCCUCCUAUCCCAGAAUCCUUGGCUGCAGCAGCUGCUGCUGCCCAACAACUGCAAGUUGCCAGGAAACAGGACACCAGGCAGACGGCAACGUUCAGGCAACAGCCUCCGCCUAUGAAGGCCUGCUUAUCGUGCCAUCAGCAGAUCCAUCGAAACGCGCCCAUUUGCCCUCUGUGCAAAGCCAAGAGCCGCUCUCGGAACCCUAAGAAGCCGAAGAGGAAGCAAGAUGAAUGAAAAGUGGACAACUGACUGAGGAAAAUUGUGACCCAACCACAGCCCGUGUCCCCCCCCGCCCCCUUUCCCGUAGAACUGUAAAUGUGACCAGAAUUCAUUGAAGUGCAAAAUACAAGCGUGACUUAAGCUUUGUUUUUGUUUGAUGUGAUGUAAGCACAACUGUUUUGUUUGGCUCUAAUUUUUGUCUAGUCUUUUCGACCCUUUUGCUUUAUAGCAGUGGUUCUCAACCUUCCUAAUGCCGCGA